AUGUGCAUCGUUACAGGUCGAACAUAUGGAAGUUAUAUCAACCAGGCCUCCAUGCUUUGGAAAAACCAGGGUGAAGAUGCAACUCUAAACUGCAGCCAUAUCAUGACAAUAGAGUUUUACCAGAUGUACUGGUACAGACAGCUGCCUGGAGAACCAAUGAAACAAAUGGUUUACACUAUCCCAAAAGCCGAACCUGACUUUGAGCCAGACUUCAGGGAUGAAAAAUUCUCAGUAACAAAGCCUGACGCUCACAGUGGGACACUGACAGUGAAGAAUUUGGUGCCAGGAGAUCAAGGCUUGUAUUUCUGUGCUGUCAGUAUUCACAGUGAUACAGCCACACUCAACACUCGUCUAACUGAUGGGGGGGAAGUCAAGCAGACCUCCAUACUCUGGAAAAACCAGGGUGAUAAUGUAUCUAUAGAAUGCAGUCAUACCUAUGGCAGUAGCUAUUACUAUAUGUACUGGUACAGACAGCUGCCUGGAGAACUAAUGAAACAAAUGGUGUUUACUACUCCAAACUCCCAACCUGACUUUGAACCAGACUUCAGGGAUGAAAAAUUCUCAGCCAUCAAGACUGACGCUCACAGUGGGACACUGAUAGUGAAGAAUUUGGUGCCAGGAGAUCAAGGCUUGUAUUUCUGUGCUGUUAGUAUGCACAGUGAUACAGCCACACUCAACACCCGUACAAAAACCUCAGAUCAUGAACUGUAG